AUGGCACCACCGCGCCGCGUGUACCCGCGCGACCGCGCCUACUUCUUCCUGCUGCUCGCGCUGCUUCUCUUCUGCCCUGUGCGCCGACGAGCGGCUGCGCAGUCCCAGCCGGCGGACGAGGCGCAGCUGCUGCUCCAGAUCAAGAGGGCGUGGGGCAACCCGCCAGUGCUCGCGCGAUGGAAGAACGCCUCAUCCCCGGGCGCGCCAUGCACCUGGACAUUCGUUGGGUGCAACACGGCCGGGCGCGUCACCAACCUCACGCUCGGUAGCGCCGGCGUGGCGGGCCCCUUCCCAGACGCCGUCGGCGGUUUCUCGGCCCUGACCUACCUCGACGUCUCCAACAACAGCAUCUCGGGCGCAUUCCCGACCGCGCUCUACCGCUGCGCUUCGCUCCGGUACCUCGACCUGUCCGAGAACAACUUCACUAGUGAGCUGCCUGCGGACAUCGGCCGCCUAGGGGAGAACCUGACCACGCUGCUCCUAGACGGGAACGGAUUCAACGGCACCAUCCCGGCGAGUCUCGGCGCGCUGACAAGGCUUCGGACCCUGUGGCUGGCCGAGAACCCGUUCCUUGCGGGCGAGCUGCCGGUGUCGUUCAAGAACCUCACCAACCUUGUCAGCCUCUGGGUAGAGCAGUGCAACCUCGUCGGCGACUUCCCGAGCCAUGUGCUUGAGAUGAAGCAGCUGGAGGUACUGAGCCUAUCCAAUAACAUGUUGAAGGGAAGCAUACCUGCGGCAGUUUGGAGGCUCAGCAAGUUGCAAGAGUUGUAUCUGUACAGCAACAACUUCAGCGGUGAUGUGGUGAUUGAUUACUUCGCCGCGGUGAGCUUAAUGUUUAUCGACCUUUCAGAGAAUUAUAAGCUUACUGGAGCUAUCCCAGAAGUCUUCGGGACCUUGAAGAAUCUCACUGAGCUGUAUCUCUUCACAAACAACUUUUCUGGCGAGAUACCAGUGAGCAUCGGCCAGUUACCGUCACUGUCAGUAUUCAGGCUUGCAAAUAACAGGUUUACUGGCACGCUCCCGCCGGACCUUGGAAAGAAUUCGGUCUUGCGCAUUGUUGAGGCUGAUUACAACGAGCUCACUGGUACCAUCCCAGAAGGUCUGUGCGCCAGAGGCCAGUUCUGGUACCUCAUUGCCAAGGGCAACCAGUUGAACGGCUCUAUCCCGGCAGGCCUAGCAAACUGCACAACUCUAAAAACCCUGGCUCUAGAUGAUAACAAUCUCUCCGGAGAUGUGCCAGAAGGUCUGUGCGCCAGAGGCCAGUUGCGUUACCUCAGUGCCAAUGGCAACCAGUUGAACGGCUCUAUCCCGGCAGGCCUCGCAAACUGCCCAACUCUGCAAGUCCUGGAUCUAGAUAAUAACAAUCUCUCUGGAGAUGUGCCAGAAGCUCUGUGGACUGCACCGCAGCUCCUUGUCUUGUCACUGCAGAAUAACCAGCUCACCGGGAGUCUUCCAGCCACGUUCUCUAGCAACCUUAGGAGAUUGCUCAUAGGCAACAACCAAUUCAGUGGCAGCUUAUGCUCGUGA